UUGUAUCCAAAUGAAAACCAAAUUCAUUUCGAACCGAAUAGUCACAUUCGGCUCGACACUAAUAUACCGGCCGGAAAACCAGACACUUUGAAGAAGAAGAAUUCCAAGCCACUAAACAAAACAAUAAACAGACCCAUAUACACAUAAACAUAGGAAAGAAUAAAUUUAAAACAUAGGAAAGCUUUAAAUUACUAGGACGCAUUCAAAAUGAGCAGCUCUCCUUCAACCGAGGAAAAACACAAAGAUGUUAAAAGCAAAAAUGACGAUGAAGCUAUAAAAGCUAAGCAGCAAAACGACGAGGACAAUCAGCGGUCCGAAACUUCAUCUUUCAACCCUACUCAAAAUGAUUGCGAGGAACAAGAUCUGGAGCGUCUAAAGGGUGAUGCCAUAGGUGAUACUCUUUAUAGCGAACGUUUUGUUCUAAACACUCUGCUCAAGCUUGGGCAAUUGUCCAAAGACCUUCAAGAGGAGGAGGAAGAUCUGGAAAAAGAACUUUGCUCCCUCUGGGAUAUGACAAUGGAGAAAGACAUUGUGGAGUAUCUACUAAAACAAGAUGUCUUGGAAUUAUUUGCCACCAUUAUAAAGACCACUGAAGACAAGCGCUUGUCUGAGAUUUUAGUUGGUAUACUGGCAAAUAUGGUGCACUUUUCUGAGGCACGCUCAGCAUUGGAGAAUGAAGAAGAAAUCGUAUUCGUUCUAUUGGAGUUAUCUUCUUGUUUGGAUUCUCUUACGCUAGAACAAUUAAUGCGCCUAUUUGCAGAGGUCUUUGUAAACAUGGAAGGCGCAAGUAUUUUUAAAUGGUAUGAAUAUAUGUUGAAAUCGGAACAAUUUGCACAAAACAUUGCGUUUAUAUUGACCAGUGCAGUUAGGGCAACUCUGGUCUUCCAGACUAUGGAAGCGUUAAAUGCUAUAUUAGCGAAAUUUGCCACAAUGGAAACGCCAUCGGAAAAUGAAAACAAAACUCCUUCCUUUGAGGAAAUUUUUGUUAAUUUUACAAUCACCAGUGCCACAAUCGAAGCUCUACAAACUCUGCAAAACGACACAUCUAGCCAGGUGGAUAACGCCUAUGAAGCGAUUCCAAAAAUUCUGCUAAAGGCAAAUCAAAUAUUCUGCAACAUACACAGCAUAUUAACUCAAUAUGGAGAUCUAAGCAGAGAGGCCUAUGAAGAAUGCAAUGACGAAAUGUUGGCCACUCUUAAGGUAGUUUUGAAAACUAUUGAUGGCGAAGUAAAGGCUUGGAGCCAGUAUGAACAAACUUGGCUGGAAAGCUUAAAUGACAUAUUAAGGGUGUUAAAAAAUCCCUUCGACUUGGAUAUAGCUCAGUGCCUACUUAAACUCCAUUUCAAUGUUUCGUCUACAAUAGAAGAAAAUUUAACCAAAGACCCAAAAGCCAACGACUUUGAAUCUGUUGAUGAUGGCAUGGAACAAGUGGAAUAUGAACAGGUCUUGGCUAUAAUAUUGAAUACCAUAAAUUUUUUAAUUCUAAAGGUGGACAAAGAUGCAUUGAAACAAUGCAUCUCUCUAUGUCCCCGUAAAUAUGUCAUGAAAGUCAUGGAUACCUUCCAAGAGCCAAUAGAAAGUGAAUCAUUGAAAACCUGCUAUUCAAAGCUCAAAGAUGCCUUAGAAGAAAAAUAAAUACACAUAUAAAAUAUAAACACGUACAUAUAUAAUUAACAAGAGAACAUAUAUCAAGUAUAUUUACAUAUGCAAACAAAUUCUAAA